AACCUUACAACCCAACAUGGCUGCGCCCUACAGUGCAUGUUAUUUUUAAUUAACUCUAGUUCACCUUUAGGCACAGUUAUAUGUAUCUGAUUUUGGUUUUUCAUCACACCUCUAAGAAUUCAUACAUUGGGACUGAAAUUUAAAGAAAUGUAACUUAGGUUGAUACGAUCUAACCGUGUCUGCGGCGUUAAAUUGGCUAGCUAUCAGGGCUAAUGUCAAUGCCCUGUACAGAAGCUUUAGUUAGCUAACGAAUUGAUUAGCUAGCUAACAUGCAGCUGUCUUUAAUAAAACCUCAAGGGUGUGCAACACCUUUUUUAAGGCAUCUUUUGGACUUCAGAGUUUAUCAAACAAGACAAAGGAGCCAGAGCUGUAACAGAGCUUGCACGGUCAUUAGACACCGAUGGAUGAAGAGGGCACCUGUUUUCUGCACACACAUCACCACCAACAAGAUGAUCAGUACACAGGCUGACAAAGUAAGGAACUCUACAUUGCAAACAGACAGCGUGCCAUGAAGUAUUAAUUAUCUUUCAAGUCAUGGCCUUUAUUGUAGCUAACUGCACUAACUUUAUCAUAUUGUUAUUUCUUGAAGGAGAACAUAGAUAUGUCAAAGUUCCCAGUGGAGAGGAUCAGAAAUUUCAGCAUCAUUGCUCACAUUGACCAUGGGAAAAGCACCUUGGCUGACAGGCUUCUGGAAAUAACAGGUAGCUAUCACCUACAUUACCAUAUUCUUCUUCUUUGGUAUCAUGGCGUUCUUAACUUUUUUUGGUGCAUGCCGCCAUCGACUGUGCAGGAGUGUGAUUUAUCACGUUACAUUGUGAUAUAAAAGUGAAGGGAAGAAAUUGCACCACCAACUAACCCUACACCUAUGUACCACUAUUUCAUAAAAAUAAUCACCACUCCAUUCCACUACUUUGACCCUAACUGAUCCUACACCAGGCCGACGGCCUGGGAAGACGGGAUUCUUUAGUUCAACACACCUUCUAGAUAUUCUGCAGUAAAACCUCGUACACCCAAGUACUUCUCUGCAGCUGCCACCAAAGCAUCUAUUUUCGGUGAUUUUAAUUUCAAUUUCUGUGGUACAGUUGAUAACCAUGGCAAUGAAUGCUAAGAAGCCAACCUUACUGAAGCACACAUUUGUAUUUGCCUAGUCUACUUCUCACACUUGACCCAUCGUCCUCUACUCCCCUCAAACUCAACUCUGGACCUUGAAGGCAGUUCCACUACUUGUUUUCAUUGUUCUCUAAUCAGGGCUGAUUUAGACCUGGCACACCAGGUGGGUGCAAUUAUCAGGUGGAACAGAAAGCCAGCAGGCUCCGGAUCUCGUAGGGUAAGAGUUGAAUACUCCUGCUCUACUCUCUUCACUGCCUCUGACCCUGGCAACCUCAACCUGUCUCUCUCGAACCGGGCACUUCUGAUCCCCAGCAACAUGGGCACCCCCACAAUUGACGCAGUUUUUUUCCACCGAUACUACAUAUUAUUUUGUCCCAUGCCCUCCUACACACUGCUGCAACAUGACCAUAAGCUUGGCAUCUAAAACACCUUAGUGGGUUUGGCACAAAAGCUCUCAUGGGAUAACUGACAUAUCCUAACAUGACUUUGUCAGGUGAAACUCAAAACUCUUCAAAACUCAAAAGGACAGACAGUGUCUUCUCAGUUUCACCACGCUCGCCACUGCGUCGCACCAAACGGCAGGCGUCACAGAAAAUAGUAAAAGUCCCAUUCGAAAGUCCAUUUAACAGUACCCAAAUUAUUAUCUACCCAGCCUGAGACUACAUAUGGGUCAGCCAAAAGGCAGGGAUCCACAUUCUCCAAAAAUGUCCUUCCCGCUGGGCCAGAAUCAUCCUUUUCAUGACCAUCAGGGUGAGGCUCGGACUCUUAGGUCUUCACCACACCUGCCACCGCAGGUAAUACAUCCUCACUCUUGUUAGGUUUUCUGAGCCAUCAGAGACAGCAGACUACGGUUUGUACUUGGCGGCAUUCUUCCUCAGCACACAUCUUGCCUCUGCACACGGCUCUUCUCCUUCUUCCUCGCUGUCCAUAAUCACGUCUAUCCGUUUACCACACUCAUGCCGCGCCUUCAUCCGCCAUAUUGUUUGCAGAACACGCACUGAUGGCCUUUCUCCAAUACCCAACUUCUGUUCCAUAGCCCAAUUUACUAUUCUGGCUAUCUUUGGCCUAUCCAUGCUAGCAAAACGUGGGCUACUCUGCAUCUCUCUCUAGGGUUCCAUGCUGGGCUAUUACCAUAUUCACACUCAUGGAUCACACAAGUACUCAUGCAUUUAGUUUUUUGUAUGAUAUGGCUCACCUCAUUGCUUGGUUUUGACAGGUGCCAUAACCACGACGGAUAAAAACAAACAGGUGUUGGACAAGCUGCAGGUGGAGCGAGAGAGAGGGAUAACUGUGAAGGCCCAGACAGCCUCCCUGUUCUACAAAUACCAGGGACAGACCUACCUGCUCAACCUCAUUGACACACCAGUAAGUACACUGAACAAAAAUGUAAACAAUGCAACAAUUUCAAAGAUUUUACUGAGUUACAGUUCAUAUAAGGAAAUCAGUCCAUGGAAAUAAAUUAAUUAGGCCCUAAUCUAUGGAUUUCACAUGACUGGGAAUACAGAUAUGCAUCCGUUGGGGGGCGUGGAUCAGAAAACCAGUCAGUAUCUGGUGUGACCACCAUUUGCCUCAUGCAGCUCAACAUCCUUUGCAUAGAGUUGAUCAGGCUGUUGAUUGUGGCCUGUGGAAUGUUGUCCCACUCCUCUUCAAUGGCUGUGCGAAGUUGCUGGAUAUUGGCGGGAACUGGAACACGGCGUCGUACAUGUCGAUCCAGAACAUUCCAAAAAUGCUCAAUGGGUGACAUGUCUGGUGAGUAUGCAGGCCAUGGAACAACUGGGACAUUUUCAGCUUCCAGGAAUUGUGUACAGAUCCUUGCGACAUGGGACCGUGCAUUAUCAUGCUGAAACAUGAGGUGAUGGAGGCGGAUGAAUGGCACGACAGUGGACCUCAGGAUCUCGUCACGGUAUCUCUGUACAUUCAAAUUGCCAUCGAUAAAAUGCAAUUGUGUUCAUUGUCCGUAGCUUAUGCCUGCCCAUACCAUAACCCCACCACUACCAUGGAGCAUUCUGUUCACAAUAUUGACAUCAGCAAACCGCUCGCCCACACGACGCCAUACACGCUGUCUGCCAUCUGCCCGGUACAGUUGAAACCGGGAUUCAUCCGUGAAGAGCACACUUCUCUAGCGUGCCAGUGGCCAUCGAAGGUGAGCAUUUGCCCACUGAAGUCUGUUACGACGCCGAACUGCAGUCAGAUCAAGACCCUGGUGAAGACGACGAGCACGCAGAUGAGCUUCCCUAGGACUGUUUCUGACAGUUUGUGCAGACAUUCUUCGGUUGGGCAAACCUCCAGUUUCAUCAGCUGUCUGGGUGGCUGGAAGUUUAGGUCCUGAGCUGGCGUGGUUUCACGUGGUCUGUGGUUGUGAGGCCGGUUGGAAGUACUGCAAAAUUCUCUCUAAAAUGACGUUAGAGGUGGCUUAUGGUAGAGAAAUGAACAUUAAAUUCUCUGGCAACAGCUCUGGUGAACAUUCCUGCAGUCAGCAUGCCAAUUGCACACUCCCUCAACUUGAGACAUCUGUGGCAUUGUGUUGUGACAACUGCACAUUUUAGUGGCCUUUUAUUGUCCCCAGCACAAGGUGCACCUGUAUAAUGAUCAUGCUGUUUAGUCAGCUUCUUGAUAUGCCACACCUGUCAGGUGGAUGGAUUAUCUUGCCAAAGGAGAAAUGCUCACUAACAGGGAUGUAAACAAAUUUGUGCACAAAAUUUGAGAGAAAUAAGCUUUUUGUGCAGAUGGAAAAUUUCUUGGAUCUUUUAUUUCAGCUCAUGAAAUAUGGGACCAACACUUUACAUGUUGCGUUUAUAUUUUUGUUCAGUGUAGAUGGGACUAGAUACCGUCAGUGACACAAGGGGUUUGUUUAUAUUAGUCUUAAUUAGAGCACUCAUAGUCUUCUCUGUUUUCAGGGUCAUGUUGACUUCAGUUAUGAAGUGUCUAGAUCCAUCUCAGCGUGUCAAGGUGUACUGUUGAUCGUUGAUGCCAAUCAGGUAGGUUUUUCAGCAAGCUAACGCAUUAUUAUUUUGGGCAUAAUGUGUAUUUGUCAUUGAUGUGUUCUUGUGUGGGUCAGGGGAUUCAAGCGCAGACUGUGGCUAACUUCUACUUGGCAUUCGAAGCUCAGCUGACCAUCAUUCCUGUCAUAAACAAGGUACAUUUCCCAAUGAAUCAAUUAUGUUAGCGUGUUUGACAAAUACCAUCAUGUUCUAAUGUGUGUUUCUUUUUCAGAUUGAUUUGAAAAAUGCUGAUCCAGAGAGGGUAGAAAAGCAGAUUGAGAAGGUGUUUGAUAUUCCAACUGAAGAAUGUAUUAGGGUGAGUUGGAUUGUAUUGACUGAGAUGUUGGUAAUUGCCAAUAUCUUAGUUUGGACAAAUGUAUAAAUAUGAUGAUUCCACCUCUCUUUAGAUUUCUGCCAAACUGGGCACCAAUGUAGAACAAGUCCUUCAAGAAGUGGUGAAACGAUUACCACCGUAAGUUUUCUUUGACUCCUUACUUCCUGUUGGAAAAUAAAAUGUCUUCCAAUGUACUGUAAUGCACUUCCUCAUUGAAUAAACAGCUGCCUCCCAAAUGGCACCCUACUGCAUAUAGUGCUCUACUUUUGACCAGGGCCUAUCUGAUCAAAAGUAGUGCACUGAAAGUAGUGCACUAUGUAGGGAAUAGGGUGCCGUUUCGGAUGCAUCGCAACAUAAACAUGUUUUGUUCUCAGACCCACUUUUAAAAAAGAGGACCCAUUCAAAGCCCUGGUGUUUGACUCCAACUUCGAUCACUACAGAGGGGUGGUGGCGAACAUCGCUCUGUUCGGAGGCUAUUUGUCUAAAGGAGACAGGAUCGUAUCUGCAUACCUGGGGAAAAGCUACGAGGUCAAUGAGCUAGGCCUCCUCAGGCCAGAUGAGCACCCCACAGACAGACUGUGAGUGGCUUAUCCUGCAUAAUAUUCAUCUUCUCUGAUUCCAUAUCAUUGGUGGUGACUGUUGUAUUAAAGCCACACUGUCAGUUCUCCCUUCCUUGUGGUAAUAAGAUACAAGAUGCCAAUAACUGCACCUGUUCUUCUUCUUGUUUGGUACACUACCCCCAAGUCCUUCAGAAAAGGACACUUCUUAUAGGCAUAUCAUAUUGGUCACAUGGCUGUAAAUGAACAAUGACUCUUUUCUUUUCAUUCCUGACACUGUGGCUGUGGUUGAGGUGUGUUGUGUAGGUACGCGGGCCAGGUGGGCUAUGUGAUAGCAGGUAUGAAGGAGGUGAAGGAGGCCCAGAUCGGUGACACCCUCUACCAUCAGAAACAUCCUGUAGAAGCUCUGCCGGGGUUCAAGCCAGCCAAGGCCAUGGUGUUUGCCGGUACGCUGAAACGCAUCCAAUCUGGUCAUGUGCUGGACAGAAAUACAAGUGAAAACACACAAUACAACUGGUCCCAUAUUGUUGCAUUUACAGUGUCAAUAGGAAGUAGUUUAUAACCAAACAUGUACAGUAGUAGCAGGUGUCACUGAUUUCCAUCUUUAGUGUGCUUGUUGGCAUCUCUCUCUCAGGGAUGUACCCUAUGGACCAGGCGGACUACAGCGCCCUCCGCAGUGCCAUGGAGAAACUGACGCUCAACGACUCCAGUGUGACGGUGCAGAGAGACAGCAGUCUGGCACUGGGAGCAGGCUGGAGGUCAGAUCAUAACAUUACCAAUUAAACUCCAAUCUAAUCUCAUCUACUACUUAAAGCUAUACAAGUGGUGAAGGGUUGACCUUAACAGGAUACAUGGCUUUGGGUCAAUGCAUUAUAACCACCCUGGUCUGUGACUGCACUGCUAUGCUUUAUAUUCUUCCUCUGCUUUCUUUUUGAGGGAUGCCAUUUUCAGCCGUGAUCAUGACCCCUGUGUGACCCUGACUCUUAAAUUGUUCUCUCACUGUUUUUCCUUUCCUUUGUCUUUAUACCCUUUGUUUUGUAGACUAGGCUUCCUGGGCCUGCUCCACAUGGAGGUGUUUAACCAGCGCUUGGAGCAGGAGUACAAUGCCUCUGUCAUAGUGACAGCCCCCACUGUGCCCUACAAGGCUAUCCUGUCCUCCGCCAAGCUCAUUAAGGUAAUACACAGCACCACUUCUAGGGGGCUUCAACUCACAUGUACAUCUAUUGCUGAGGAAAGUUGACAUGAUAUCACAGCAAAGUAAAUGCACACGAAGUACAUAUAUUUGCAAAUGUACGUCAGCUGUUAUUGUCAAACAGUGUUUAAAAAAUAGUUUAUAACCUGUUUCAUACACUGUUCGUGAAGCAUGUCACGUGAACCAAAAAUAUGUUUUUUGGUUUUCUUUUUUUAUGGCCCUUGUUUGGUAAAGGUUCUAACUCCUGUUGUUUGGUAAAGGUUCUAACUCCUGUUGUUUGGUAAAGGUUCUAACUCCUGUUGUUUGGUAAAGGUUCUAACUCCUGUUGUGUUGUAGGAGCAUGGGAAGGAGGAGAUCACCAUAGUGAACCCAGCCCAGUUCCCAGACAGGUCUGUAGUGAAAGAGUACCUGGAGCCCAUGGUGAUGGGGACCAUCAUCACCCCUGAUGACUACACUGGGAAAAUCAUGAGUAUCUGCUUGGUAAGCCAGCCUGGCUUUCAGGUGUUGCUAAUUAUUUGUUUGAAUGAUCAUUUUGUAACAGAGAAAUUAAGGAAAAUGUGUUUUGAUUACUUUCACUUUGCAAAACAAAAAUCAUCAUUUUAAAUGUUCUAAUUGGUCCAUUAAUGUAGAAUCGCCGAGGUGUCCAGAAGAACAUGGUGUACAUUGACGACCACCGAGUGAUGAUGAAAUAUCUCUUCCCUCUGAAUGAAAUUGUUGUGGACUUCUAUGACCUCCUCAAAUCCAUGUCUUCAGGAUAUGCCAGGUAAUUCUUCUAUGUUGCAUAGAGGACGAUACCAGUAUCGCAAUAUUUUUCCCAUUGCAAAAAUUGUGAUUUUGUACAUUUGCCCACUGACAAGACAUGAUCAGUCUAUAAUUUUAAUGGUAGGUUUAUUUGAACAGUGAGACAGACUAACAACAAAAAAAUCCAGAAAAACACGUCAAAAAUGUUAUAAAUUGAUUUGCAUUUUAAUGAGAUUUAAGUAUUUGACCCCCUCUCAAUCAGAAAGAUUUCUGGCUCCCAGGUGUAUUUUAUACAGGUAACGAGCUGAGAUUAGGAGCACACUCUUAAAGGGAGUGCUCCUAAUCUCCGCUUGUUACCUGUAUAAAAGACACCUGUCCACAGAAGCAAUCAAUCAAUCAGAUUCCAAACUCUCCACCAUGGCCAAGACCAAAGAGCUCUCCAAGGAUGUCAGGGACAAGAUUGUAGACCUACACAAGGCUGGAAUGGGCUACAAGACCAUCGCCAAGCAGCUUGGUGCGAUUAUUCGCAAAUGGAAGAAACACAAAAUAACUGUCAAUCUCCCUCGGCAUUGGGGCUCCAUGCAAGAUCUCACCUCGUGGAGUUGCAAUGAUAAAUAAUAAUAAUAAUAUGCCAUUUAGCAGACGCUUUUAUCCAAAGCGACUUACAGUCAUGCGUGCAUACAUUUUUGUGUAUGGGUGGUCCCAGGGAUCGAACCCACUACCUUGGCGUUACAAGCGCCGUGCUCUACCAGCUGAGCUACAGAGGACCACGAUCAUGACAACGGUGAGGAAUCAGCCCAGAACUACACGGGAGGACCUUGUCAAUGAUCUCAAGGCAGUUGGGACCAUAGUCACCAAGAAAACAAUUGGUAACACACUACGCCGUGAAGGACUGAAAUCCUGCAGCGCCCGCAAGGUCCCCCUGCUCAAGAAAGCACAUAUACAGGGCCAUCUGAAGUUUGCCAAUGAACAUCUGAAUGAUUCAGAGGAUAACUGGGUGAAAGUGUUGUGGUCAGAUGAGACCAAAAUCGAGCUCUUUGGCAUCAACUCAACUCGCCGUGUUUGGAGGAGGAGGAAUGCUGCCUAUGACCCCAAGAACACCAUCCCCACCGUCAAACAUGGAGGUGGAAAAAUGAUGCUUUGGGGGUGUUUUUCUGCUAAGAGGACAGGACAACUUCACCGCAUCAAAGGGACGAUGGACAGGGCCAUGUACCGUCAAAUAUUGGGUGAGAACCUCCUUCCCUCAGCCAGGGCAUUGAAAAUGGGUCGUGGGUGGGUAUUCCAGCAUGACAAUGACCCUAAACACACGGCCAAGGCAACAAAGGAGUGGCUCAAGAAGAAGCACCCUUAAGGUCCUGGAGUGGCCUAGCCAGUCUCCAGACCUUCAUCCCAUAUAAAAUCUGUGGAGGGAGCUGAAGGUUCGAGUUGCCAAACAUCAGCCUCGAAACCUUAAUGACUUGGAGAAGAUCUGCAAAGAGGAGUGGGACAAAAUCCCUCCUGAGAUGUGUGCAAACCUGGUGGCCAUCUACAAGAAACGUCUGACCUCUGUGAUUGCCAACAAGGGUUUUGCCACCAAGUACUAAGUCAUGUUUUGCAGAGCGGUCAAAUACUUAUUUCCCUCAUUAAAAUGCAAAUCAAUUUAUAACAUUUUUACAUGCGUUUUUCUGGAUUUUUGUUUUGUUAUUCUGUCUCUCACUGUUCAAAUAAACCUACCAUUAAAAUUAUAGACUGAUCAUGUCUUUGUCAGUGGGCAAACGUACGAAAUCAGCAGGGGAUCAAAUACUUUUUUCCCUCACUGUAGGCCGGUUUUCCUAAAGAAGUGAAAUCCUCUUCGUGUUUUGUUUCCUUGCUAGGAUACGAACGAGUAUCGCGAUACUGGUAUCGUUCCGGCCCUACUUUUCAGAUUUAUUUGGCAACCUGAAUGAUUAGAAGAACAUGAUGAGAUAUUGUAUAUUGUUGUAAUAUGUUCAUCAGCUUUGACUAUGAGGAUGCAGGGUACCAGGCAGCCCAUGUGAUCAAGAUGGAUAUUCUGCUAAAUGGGAAACCUGUGGAGGAACUCACCACUAUUGUUCACAAGUAAGACUCUGAUACCUAACGCUUAGACCUGUAUCAGCUAGUCUUUGGGCUCAGACGCCUAUGGCUGAAUAACAAAUGUUGACUGAAUCCUAACUUUUGUGAAUAUCUUCCAUUGACAUUACUGUGUGAUUCAACUCUUGAGUAACAGUGUCUGUUUCGCAAAUUAUUAUUUGGCUCAAUGUCUCAAUCUUUCAAGGGCUACUAAUAAUAUGAUAUAUUUGAAUACCGUAAUGACGUGACCCUUGGGUGUCUUCUGUUCUGUUCUCCUAUGUACAGAGAUCGGGCAUACAGUGCAGGUAAAGCCAUGUGCGAGCGCCUGCAAGACGCCAUACCCAGACAGAUGUUUGAGAUUGCCGUACAAGCAGCCAUCGGCAGCAAAGUCAUCGCCAGGGAGACGUAA